AUGGAUCAACGGCUUAAGCAUCCACUGAUUCAGUCAUCAGAAAGCCUAGGGGAGAAUUCUUCUUCUCUGCAUUCUGCAGAUUUUCCAGAAAUGAGAAAGAAAGCAGUUGGAUUGAAAAGGAAGAGAAACAAUAGCAGGAUUGAAGAGAAACAGAAAGAAGUAAUCCAUGUAAGGGCAAAAAGAGGUCAAGCUACUGAUAGCCACAGUUUAGCAGAACGGGUGAGAAGAGAGAGAAUCAACGAGAAGCUGAGAUAUUUGCAGGACCUGGUUCCAGGCUGCUACAAGGCAAUGGGAAUGGCAGUUAUGUUAGACGUGAUCAUAAACUAUGUUCUAUCGCUACAGCAACAGAUUGAGUUCCUUUCCAUGAAGCUCUCAGCAGCAAGCAUGCAUUUUGAUUUCAACACCUACCAGAUAGAUACCCUCCAAACUAUGCAGAGAAGUACUAGCACAGAUGGAAUCCAAGGGAUGGAAAGGACUGAACAAGAAGGUUAUGGAAGUUUUGCUUAUUGGAAUCCUACAUGGCCACUUCAAUAG